CUUCUUACGUCAGAGAAAAAUAUAUUGUGCUCGUAGUCCCUUCAAUAUCGUCGGCAAAACAACACGAGGAAAUCUUUUCGUCUAAUUGUCUCUAUUUGUAUUUUGCAGCCAGAAUUCAGAGAUGUUUCCAGCCUCCGGAGGUGCAAGAGUAGGCCACAGAACCACAAAAGCUAUUAGAUUUGCUAAACAUGGCUGUACCAACAGACCUUUCUAUCACAUUGUUGUCAUGGAGAAAAGAAAGUCUCGACAAGGUCAUGUUAUAGAGCAACUAGGUACUUUUGAUCCAUUAGUGAAUGUCCAUGGAGAAAAGCUGUGUUCUGUCAACCUUGACAGGACCACCUAUUGGAUUGGCACUGGGGCACACAUUUCCCUCCCCUGCAGCAUCCUUUUUGGUCUUGCCGGUCUUUUGCCCAUUCAUCCAAGUACGUAUAUUAAAGCUUGGAGAAAUCGGAAGACGGCUGCAAAUGCCGAAGGAGAGACUGAACCAACCUCAUCUUCGUAAGAAAUAUUUGCUAAUGAACUGGAUUAAUCUAUAGUGUGUUAUAAAUCAAGUUUCGUAAUUGAAAUUAAGUUGCUUAUGAGAAAGGAAUUCAAAACUUUAUUCAGUAAUAUAAUGUGUCUAAUAAUUGUUUAGACAUUGAAAGAAUCUUAGAAAAAAAAAAAAAUAAUUCAAAUGAUAAAAUGUAUUUUCUUUCCCAGAAAAGAGAAUGAAUGUCAAUUAUAUGUUUCUGCUUAUUGUUAUUUAUGUAAAUUUGUAAAUAAAUAUAUAUUUCUUUUGUA